ACGGGCGUGUGAGACUCUGGGGGUGUCAUUUGUAAGGCAGCUGAAGGCUUCCAGCUCAAUCUCCCCUUCGACCUCCACAAGCAGACGAUCGUUUAGCAAACUCGUGACCGACACUGAAAGAGAUUUCCGUUUGGAGAAAAGCUGUGAGAAAUACUGUCGUGCGCUUGCCUGUCCCAAUUUGGGUGGCUACCAGCACUUUGGAUAUACAGGACCCUACUUAACAGUGAACUAAUUCGCGUGAAAGCUCAGCUGUACCCUUCAAAGUUGAAGCUCUUUAAUACUGGAAUACAUCUCUGGCCGGAGAUGACAUUGACUUUGACACAGAGAAGCAAGUCUGGAUGUUGUUAAUAGAUGUCGUAAGCCACAAGUGAAGGGCUAAUGUCGCACAGAAAAGUUUAAAACUGAAUCCUGAUAGAAAGAUUUUUCCAUUGAAACUGCGAGACUGUCUCAGAAGCUGGCAUAUUUCAGGUUGUGUCCGUCGGAUUAUACAGUAAGUUGUGAUUUGCUUACUGAAAAUCUUCAGCCUGAAGUUAGCGAGGAUUUUUCUUAUUUUCCAAGAGAAGAUUGUCAGUGAAAAACGGACAGACGUUUGCAUGGGUGUAUGCACAUAAUGCUGUCACAUGGCUUGCAGAAGUACGCUAAUAACUAGAAACAGUUUGUUAUCGUACUAAGACGCUUUGGCAAGCAUGGUGGAAAAAACAACUCUGACGAUGUGUGACCGAGGGACGAUGGAGAGUAGAACUGUCACUAGAGUGAGCAACCACCCCCACUCACACCCGCAUCCUCAUCCCCACCCCCCGGAGCGAGAUUCCUCAAGGACGAUGACCGUAGUGGACUGCCCGGAGGAACCUAGCCGCUGUGCGGGGUGUGCGGAGCGGAUUUUGGACCGCUACUACCUAUUGGCCGUUGACAAACAGUGGCACGUUCAAUGUCUGCGGUGCUGUGAAUGUAAACUCAGGCUGGAAUCGGAACUCACCUGUUUUUCUAAAGACGGUAACAUCUACUGCAAAGACGAUUAUUACAGAAGAUUCGCGGUGAAGCGUUGUGCCCGAUGCCACCUGGGAAUAUCGGCUAACGAGCUUGUCAUGCGCGCCAAGGAGCUUGUCUACCAUUUGAACUGUUUCACCUGUGCUUCGUGUAACAAGACUUUGACGACAGGGGACCAUUUUGGCAUGAAGGAAAGUUUAGUUUACUGCCGGUCCCAUUACGAACUUCUGUUUCAAGGAGAAUUCCUUCAUAGUCUGCCACCAUCACUCACGAGCGGACAUGUUCCUUUUUAUAAUGGCGUCGCCGCGGUGCAGAAGGGCAGGCCCAGGAAGCGGAAGAACUCGUUGCCUGGUGGUGACGACUGCGCAAGUCUGGGUCUGGUUCCAACGGAUGGUUCCGAUCGCUCACAGGAGGUCCUGGACAGAGACGCGUAUCCUCAGCCCCCACCACGCCAAAAGCGGGUUCGAACCUCAUUUAAGCAUCACCAGCUGCGGACCAUGAAGUCGUACUUCGCCCUCAACCACAACCCUGACGCCAAAGACCUCAAACAACUGGCACAGAAAACAGGGCUGUCUAAGCGAGUUCUGCAGGUUUGGUUCCAGAAUGCCAGGGCCAAGUACAGACGAAAUCUCAUAAAACUAGAAUCUGACAGGGGCGGGUUAGGUGGAGACGAAAAUGCGGGCGAGGAUGGCGACUGUGUGAAGGACUCAAUGGGCGACAUGGCCAGUUCGCCGUCACCGUCUCUGUCAGAAAUAAGUUCCUCGCCCUCCCUGUCGGACCUCCACAGCUCGACAAUAGAACCGGACCAGUCAAGCAACAGCCUGCCGGACCUCUUUACCAGUAGCAUCGCCUCCAUCAACUGAAUGAACAUGGAGAUAAUUUGUCGGAGUUUUCCUAGAUAAGACCGUCAUCUCGGCUCGCUAGCAUCCCAGACAACCUGCUGACAGCUGCCGUGGAUCAGACUCGUCAAAACACGGGCAGAUGUACAAAUGUGUGCGGAGAACGCCAAUCGAGCCGCAUUCCUGCAAAUGGCGGAAUCGCCUUGCCAAGCGGACGAGGUCAGUGUGUAACCAGCCAACUAAAACGACCUCCCAGAGGUCACCAUGACAACGACGUCCGGGACCAUGUCUCUGAUGACAAAAUAUGUGACUUGUGUUCGUAACAAAGUAAUGUGGUCUGUGCUGGGUUUGUGAUCAUGAAAAAAAAUAAAUUGUGCACAGUAUGUGCAUUUAGGCGUAACAGUGGAGGUCUGUUGUAGGCUACUUCUCAAAUGGUGGUCCGAUAUCAGUCGUCGUCGACUUUCAACGCAUGCGCACUGAAUGCUAUGGCUUGACGUCCCGAUUGGCGUCACGUAGUUAGUGACGUUUGCUCACAAUCGCAUCAUCACACUUCUGAUGAAAGGUGCUCGGGCAAUGUUGUUGAAGGAACACAAUCUGAGUGUGGGGCGUACAUGUGUGACGUAUGUGGAUGUGGUGUGACGUCA